UAUUCUGUGCUUGAUGUGGACCCAGAUUCUGAUUUAGAAGAAGUUCGAUCUGCCUAUCUAGAACUAGCUAAACAAUACCAUCCAGAUAGUGGCACAGCUUCUGCAGAUGCCAGGAAAUUUUCACAGCUUCAAGAUGCCUACCAGUCUAUUUUGUCAAGUAGGAAGGGUGAAAUGGUGGUCGAGGAAGAUGGAGAUGAUCAAUAUUAUUUUGAUAUAAAACAUACAGCACCACAACAUCGACAAUAUCUUUCUCAUGAGGGUAUAGGAUUUGGUACACCCAGUCAAAGAAGUAAACAGUACAACUCUUACAGAGUCUGGAGGGCUGCUUCUAAUAUCCAGGAACAUCGAAUAGAAAAACUGGCCCACCAGACGGAAUCAGCACUGGUUGUUAAAGAUAAAAAAGAGGCUAAAAAGGUUAAGAUAAGUAAUGCUAUAGAGAGAGUAGUAGAAGAUUUGAUACAAGAGUCAAUGAAUAAAGGUGAUUUUGAGAAUUUAACUGGUUCUGGGAAGCCAUUAGAAUAUGUUGAUAGAAAUCCUCUAGUAGAUAGUACUACACAUAAUCUCAAUAAAAUACUGAUUAAUAAUGGUUUUACUCCUGAAUGGAUCACAUUACAGUCAGAUAUCAGAGAGAAAUUAGCAGUGUUACGAUAUAAAAUAAUAAACAAUCAUGAUAUUAACACUAAACUGUGGGAAAUUCAAAUAGAACGUCAUUCUGUCACCAUAGAAUUUAUAAAUGAUAUGAUAGAUAAAUACAAUAUGAUAGUGCCCUUUAUAGACAAACAGUUUGCACAUUACAAUCACCAGCGAGAUGUGCAGAAAAUU